AAAAUCAUCAAGGAAAACUGGGAGACGACUAAAACUCCGCGAGAGAAUGUUAUGCAGAUGGGCCUAGCCUUCAGCCCAAAUGAAGCAGUCCCACUGAAGCAGCCCCACCGUGACAUCAUUGAUCUGGAACCUGUGGAAGAAAUGGAUCUGGCUGAAGCGAGAGCAUUGGGAACCGUAGAGGAACAGCGGCGGAGGAAAGAAGAAGAAAGACGUGCAGUACUCCGGAAGGAGAAGGCCGUCAAAGUUGUGUCGACGUUAGAAACCGAGGCGCAACAAUUACUCGCUGAAAGAGAAUCGCAACCGCGAGCCGUUCGUUUACCAGAUAGGGAUGUUGAAUUGUUGAUUUAUCUUGCUCAACGUUACGGUGAGGACUACAAGGCUAUGGCUAGAGAUCCGAAAAAUUUGUUUCAAUAUACGCCAAAGAGGAUAAAUAAUUUGAUGAACAUCUACAAGUCAUCUGGUUUCUAUAAGGUCAUCGAAGGGAAGUGA